CCAAUCAAAGACGCGCCGUCCCAGUUCCUGCUCUUAUAAAUGCAGCCGGAUCCGUAGCGUCGGUACCGGAGAAUGAGAGAGACACUAGAGAGACAUCUCACGAGAAGACACUGGACCUGUCAGUCCUUUAGUUUUUAUUUCGAUUUCCUCGUUCAUCCAGGUGUGUUAUAGUAGGAAAUAAAGAUGGCCACGUCUGCCAGCGCCAGCUUGAGUAAAGCUGUCAAGCAACAAUACAUGGCGCUCCCCCAGGGAGAUAAAGUCCAGGCCAUGUACAUUUGGAUUGAUGGAACCGGAGAGGGGCUCCGAUGCAAAACCAGGACGCUGGAUUUUGAGCCCAAGUGCAUCGAAGAUCUGCCUGAGUGGAACUUUGACGGCUCCAGCACGUACCAGUCUGAGGGCUCAAACAGCGACAUGUAUCUGAUUCCUGCCGCCAUGUUCCGUGAUCCAUUCCGUAAAGACCCCAACAAGCUGGUCCUGUGUGAAGUGCUCAAGUACAACCGCAAACCUGCAGAGACCAACCUUCGAAUUACAUGCAAGAAGGUGAUGGAGAUGGUGGAGGACCAGCAUCCUUGGUUUGGCAUGGAGCAGGAGUACACUAUUCUGGGCACAGACGGACACCCAUUUGGCUGGCCAUCUAAUGGAUUCCCUGGACCACAAGGUCCAUACUACUGUGGCGUGGGAGCUGACAAAGCUUAUGGCAGAGAUAUAGUGGAGGCCCAUUACAGAGCAUGUCUAUAUGCUGGAGUCCAAAUUUGUGGCACCAAUGCAGAAGUGAUGCCAGCUCAGUGGGAGUUCCAGGUUGGACCUUGUGAAGGGAUCAACAUGGGUGAUCAUCUCUGGGUGGCACGUUUCAUCCUGCACCGCGUCUGUGAAGAUUUUGGUGUCGUUGCUUCAUUUGACCCCAAGCCAAUCCCUGGAAACUGGAAUGGUGCCGGCUGCCACACAAACUUCAGCACAAAAGAGAUGAGGGAAGAUGGUGGAUUGAAAGCCAUUGAAGAUUCCAUCGAGAAGCUUGGGAAGAGGCACCGCUAUCACAUCCGUGCCUACGAUCCCAAAGGGGGGCUGGACAACGCCCGCCGUCUCACCGGCCACCACGAAACCUCCAACAUCGACGAGUUCUCCGCGGGCGUGGCUAACCGCGGUGCCAGCAUCCGCAUCCCCCGCAGCGUGGGCCAGGAGAAGAGAGGCUACUUCGAGGACCGCCGCCCAUCGGCCAACUGCGACCCAUACGGUGUGACGGAGGCCCUAAUCCGCACCUGUCUGCUGAACGAGGAGGGAGACGAACCAGCAGACUACUAAAUCCACAGCUCAUGGACUGAUUCUGACACUGCCCUCCUGACUUUAUCUUUUCUUUUUAAAUUAGUACUGUAUUUUUUUUUAUUUUUUUUUUCUGUCUCUCUUUCUCUCCCCCACUGAGAUGAUUUUAACCUGCAUUUUAAUGGCUUAAAGUUGGCUGGUCAACUUAAACAUGACAAAGUAAUGAGAUCCUUGGUAGUUAUGAGCUGGUAAUGGCAGGGUAUGUCUUUCCCCUCAUCUUAAGAAGGGAUUGGCUUUUGUAACACUGUUUUAUAGCCCUUGUCAUCUUUCCCUUUUGUCUGUAACUAAAAGCACAUGGACACUGAAGAGUAGAGCUGCUAAGGCUGGACAGUAUGUCUAACUUAAUAAACCUGACUAGUUCAUGUACUGUUAAUAUACAUUGACCUGCCUUUUCAACUACCCAGUCUUCGAUGUUACUAAUUCAUUUUUUUUUUUUUUUUUUUUUUUUUUUUUUUUUUUGAUUUCAUGACGUGUCUAUUUUUAAAUGGCAACAUUUGAUGUCGUCAGAUUUUAACACACUGGGUCAACUUGUAUGGUACACUUUGUAGAUGUCUAUGCCCAGAUGUAUGUUGUUCAAAUGUGGUGGAUCUGUCCAUAAUGCCAUUUGUAGAUUUCCUCAAGGAGUUUUAUCCUUUUGUUAACUGCAAUAUUGUAAUGCACCUGAUUGGGUAAAACAUCACGUUUACUGAACCUGGUGUUUUUUAUUGAUACAUUUAAAACUUUUAUUUUUAUCACAA